CGCUCCGAAAUUGGAAAACAGAAACGUGUUAAGAAACAAGAUGGCGGAAGCAAUGCGAGCAACGGUGGCAUCUAUGUUAAGGGGAAUUGAUAGGUAUAAUCCAGAAAAUCUCCAAACUCUUCAUAAAUACGUGGAAAUCCAAGCCAGGGAGAAUGCUUAUGAUCUCGAAGCAAAUUUGGCUGUUCUCAAAUUAUAUCAGUUUAAUCCGCCGAAAUUUCAGAAGCACGUGGUGGAACAGAUACUGUUGAAAGCCCUCACCAACCUUCCGCACACGGAUUUUGUUUUGUGCAAGUGUCUGAUCGAUCAGAGUCACUUUGAACAGAGCAAAAUCAAGGAAAUUAUUGAGUUACACGAUUUAUUAGAAAUGGCAAAAUUUAGAGAGUUUUGGAAAAAAAUAAAAACCAUGAAAGAAAUCAAUACAAUAACUGGUUUUGAAGACUCCAUUCGAAAAUUCAUAUGCCACAUAAUUAACAUUACCUACCAAAGGGUGAGCAAAUCGGAACUGGCAGAACUACUAGGAAACUUGGAAGACAACCAAUUGGAUUUGGCUAUGUGGAUGAGCAAAUACGGAUGGAAGGACAUCGGCGACGGAAUGGUCUUUGUGGCCAAUCAGGAAGAAAACAUCAAGACCAAGAAUAUUGCAGAGAAGAUAGACUUCGAAAGUACUGCUGCUAUAAUGUCGUCCUGCAGGUGAAGGUAUCGCUUCAAAUAAAAACUUUUGUAUACUGUUUGGAGUCGGAAUAAUGUUUUAUUAAUACAAAAUAAAAGAAAAAAUACUAGACAA